GAACUUUACCGGGACAUCGUAGAUUCGCUUUUACGAAGCGAUCAUGCACGUAAUUACUCUCACUUCGUCACUGCUCACGACAUCUCAGCCUCAACCCUUCCGCGUGCUCCUCCCUCUUAAGUAGCACCGCACCUGGACGGCAUUCUCGUUCACAUUGAAAUCGACGCUCACGCAGACGAACACGAACAUCCCGCAGAUUUUCUCUCCAGGAACUACCGUACGCCAAUGGCUCCUCCUGCCGUGGUUGAGAACUUGCCUGCUCCGUUGAACUCCAGCGCCGAGCAACCUCCUCUUUUCGAUGGAACAACGAGGCUGUACACCUCUUACGCGUGCCCAUAUGCUCAUCGCGUCUGGAUCACAAGGAACUAUAAGGGACUGCAGGACAAGAUUAAGUUGGUUCCUCUUAAUCUUCAAGACAGGCCUGCUUGGUACAAGGAGAAAGUCUACCCCGUGAAUAAGGUUCCAGCCUUGGAGCACAACGGGAAAAUCAUUGGAGAGAGCCUAGACCUCAUUAAAUACGUGGACAGCAACUUUGAAGGGCCUCCUCUUUUCCCUGAUGAUCCUGAAAAGAGAAAGUUUGGUGAGGAACUGUGGUCUUAUGUUGAUGAAUUCGUGAGCGUAGUCUUUAAUUCAUUCAAGGGAGAGGGACCGAAACUUCUGCUUUCGAACCACUUGGAGAAUGCUCUUGGCAAAUUUAAGGAUGGACCAUUCUUUCUCGGACAAUUCAGUGGGGUGGACAUUGCUUACAUCCCCUUUGUCGAAAGAUUGCAGAGUUACUUAUCUGAAGUAUGGAAAUAUGACAUCACUGCUGGCAGACCUAAACUAGCAGCAUGGAUUGAGGAAAUGGACAAGGUCGACGGUUACAAGCAGACAAAGACUGAUACUAAAGAAUUUGUUGAAUUCUGCAAGGCACGCUUCGGUGCUCAGCAGUAGAGGGCUCAUGACCAUAGUAUUGCUUUAUACGAAGAGAAUAAGGGAAGUAAAGAAAAGAGUGGAAUGGCUUCAUAGUUAAUGUACCCCUUCUCUUGAUGUUUAUCUGGGGCAAGUUAUCUUCUGUAUCCGCUCUAGAUGCAGCGAUGCGUCUUUUACAGCUUGAAAUUGGUAUCUUGAUGUUG